AUGGUGGGACACUGUUCACUUCUGUUCGGACGCUGCAGACGUGAUCGGAUCAUGGACCGGAAGCUGGACCUGUCUCGUCUGACGGAUGAUGAGGCCAAACACGUGUGGGAGGUGAUCCAGAGAGACUUCACCCUCCGCAAGACCGAGGAGCAGCGACUCGGGUACAGGCUCCACACACAACAUCUCAGCAGCAACAUUCUCCAGGGACGUCACUAA